GGAAGGCAGCGGCGGUAGCAGCAGGCAGCUCCAGUUCUUAGGGAUACAUGGCGGGUGAUGGAAGUGCUGGCUGUUGAGGGGGCGCAGGGCCCCGGAGCCGUCCAAGGGAUCGGGGUGGUACCAAAAAGAGAAGAAAUGCCGGGUCUCGAAACACUUUUCCUUGAACUUAUGGUGCCCCGUGUCUGGUUCCUGAGGAGAAUUUACUCUGCACGUGUUCAAAGACACAGUACAUUGUUGGCUCACGCGCCCCUUGGCUAACUCCUGCUACUGAAAAAAGAAAAGAAAAAUCAGGUUCCAGAGGUUGAUCCUGGCACAAAUUAAGCCCUGCAGGAGAACAAACUCAGAGGGCUCUCAGGAUUUCUUUGGUGUCAGCAUGAUUGUUCCCUUAUUAAGCCUUCACAUCAAGUCUAUAGGAGCAAGCCCAACAAUUGCAGGAGUGGUAGGAUCUUUAUAUGGUGUUUUGCAGCUCAUUUCCAGUACUGUAGUGGGAUCUUGGAGUGAUGUAGUAGGAAGACCUUAUUGCCUACUUGUCUGCAUUCUCUUCAGUGCAUUGGGUUAUUUUAUGCUUAGUAUAUCCAGCAACGUGAUUUUAUUUGCUGCUGCCCGGAUCUUUGUAGGUAUUUUCAAACACACACAUUCAGUUACAAAGGUUCUCAUCUCUGACUUGGUUUCUGAGAAGGAGCGCCUCCGAGUAAUAGGACAUUUCAAUGCAGCGUCCAGUAUUGGUUUCAUCCUGGGACCUGUCGUUGGAGGGUACCUUACGGAGCUAGAGGGUGGAUUUUACCUCACAGCUUUCAUCUGUGCUUCCAUUUUCAUCUUGAAUGCUGGUCUUUUUUGGAUGCUGCUGUGGUGUGAAAAAAAGAAGCAUGGAGACGAAUGGAUCAUUAUUAACAAAACAAAAGACAGUCUCUUAGCAGAGGUAAAACACAGCCUGCAGAUGGAAUCUUUAUCUCAGGAAACUAUGAAAUACAGUACUCGUACCAAGACCUCUUGGACUCAAGUUGUGUCUGUGCUGAAGAGGGUUAGCAGCAUUGCUCGUUCCGAUCUGUGGGAUGUUUUCCUGGUACGGCUACUGAUGUCUCUUUCAGUAAUGCUAUAUCAUAGCAAUUUUGUCUUGGCACUUGAAGAGAGGUUUGGGAUAAAACCUAAAAUCACUGGUUACCUCAUAAGCUACAGUAGCACACUUGGAGUAGCUGCUGGUUUUCUGCUUGGACCAAUUACAAGACUGUAUCAACACAAUACUUACGCCAUUUUACUACGGUCCACUAUCCUCACCUGUGUGUUCAUAAUAAUAUAUUCUUUAUCAGAAAAUGUAUGGGCAGUGAUCUUGUCUUCCACAUUUUUAGCAUUUUCAACCACAAUAGGACGUACUUGUAUCACUGAUCUUGAGCUGACUCUGGGCGGGAACCAGGCCAGUGGUAUGCUCAUAGGUGUUGGUCAGUCUGUCUCAGCCGUGGGCCGCAUAGUUUGCCCUCUUCUGUCAGGAAUUGCCCAGGAGUUCAGUCCAUGUGGCCCCCCUGUUCUUGGAGGCCUGUUGGGAUUUAUAGCUGUUGUCAUUAUGGUCCUCAAUAAAUCAAAAUAUAGAGGCAUCAGGAGCACCAAACUGAAAAGCACAUAGUGAACUGUUUGUACUGCUAUUACUUAAAAGCAAGACAACAGAGAAAAAAUGUGGAUUCUAAGUGUUCAAGAGGGCUGUGCUCUAGUUAUAGGACACUUUAUAAAGAAACACUAUAGAGGCAAGGAAGAAACACCUCCCAUUUUUUUCCCCUGGCCUAUCAAACUAACAGGUAACUCGAGACUGGCAAAGGGGCAUAAGUCACACAGCUAAUAAGAAAUCCUACUACUUGUAGCACAAAGGGUAAGUUAUCAAACAUAAAGCAUUACAUCUAUUUAAAAAUUGUAAAUGAGAUUAAAAUCCUUUAAAAAGUAUGACAAUUUGAAUAGAUCCUGAAUCAUAUCUGGUACUUCAGAUAUCUGCUGUCAUAGUGAUACAUUAUCCAAGUAUAGUACCCACUCCAAAAACAGUGGAGAAUGAAAUGGACAUUGUCAACCUCACUGCAGGAAGAUGCAGGGCAAGGCUUGGACUUCCUGCAGUGCUGUGGUCCUUGCAUGUACGCAUAAGAGACUGAAUCCCUGGUUACAAUGCAGUUUAUAAAUGUGAUGUUCUGCUAGCAGUGUCAUCUUGCUCUAGAACAAUUGUAGCAUUGCACACUAUUGGGAGAGGGGGGAUUAACAACUAAUGUUUAGUUGUUGGGAAUGUUUAGGCUUGGGAAGAAUACUACUGCUCAGGGUCCAGCAGUGCUGAAGUUUACAAAGCCUGAGCCAAGAAUCACAGGCAAGAAGAGGCCAUACUGUGUUUCUGAAGGAGCUUCCCACUACCUUUCUUUAUUACCACAUGACGCUUUAACCAAGGUUUUUCCCCUCUUUCUGAUGGUUUACGAAAGUGCUGUGUCUCAAGCAGUGCAGGUGUUCCUUGUACAGUACCUGCAAUGUAGGAGAAGUCAGGGAAGAACUUAUAUGUGCAGCAGACAACCUUGGGGAGGCUUGAGACUAGCACAUUCCAUCCCAUAUAUUUUGAAGACAGUUUAAUUUGCUUGGUGACAAUUUUGUUGUUGAGUUUGAGGGCUUGAAGGAAUGAUCUGAUCAGGAAGUACCAUUCAUUUGUCAGUGAGGAGCAUUGGCUUUGUACAAAGUGUAAUAACGAUGUAACAUGAGUGUAUUGAAGCUGAAAUCUGUGUCAUAUAUAACUUCGGAGCAACAAACCUUAACUCGUGGUAUGCCUUUUUGAAUAACAAGUGCACUGAGCUCACUUCAAAUGUAUACAGAGAAGUAUAUCCCAGUUCUAUAUGCUUCUCUCUCCACUGUACUCAUACCAAAGACUGACUGCUUGAAACAGAAACAAUUGUUUAAUCAAUUCCAUCUGAAUUAUAAUGAAAUUAAAUAUGGUCUGCUUUUUAGGUAAAUGGCAUUGGCAUAACUUGUGCUCCACUAAGCGGAAUGCAUAUUAUAGACUCUGCAGUCAGAGGCAGGCAGCCAAAACGAGAACCCUCAAUAGGCUACACUCAUUGUGGUGGGUCACAAGUUGUGUAGGCCUGCUUUAGCAUUUAAACAAACAGAAAAGUACAUUCCUGCAAAGCAAAUGUAUUACAUUUACUAAACAGAUAAGUUAGAAAUAAGUGACUUAAGAGGCGUGUAAUUGAUCUAUACUAUGACUGCAAUUCUAAGCAUACUGACUUGGAACCUGUUAGGGCUUAACCACACCUUACAUGUAAAAGCAAGUAAUUGAACCUUCAUGACUUCCCUGUCCCAAGAAAAACUAUUGGAGAUAAGGAACACUUUUCCUGCCUGCUAAGUCGCUACUCCAAAUUUGCUUGUCCUCUCUCUAUCCUCCAAAUGAAAUUCCAGUUGCCCAUUUGCCAAAAAAAACUAGAAUUAGAAUUCAAAAGGAGGUGGAAGUGGUGGUGGUGGGAUUUGGAGCAAAGAUGUGGUGGGUGAGAAAUGGUUAAGUACCUCUGUCCACAUGCUUAUCCUUACCAUAUCACCCUUUCCAAAGCAGCUUUCUUGGGAAGAAAAAGCUGUCAGGUUUCAGGAAUAUGCAUUCACUUUCAACAUAUAGUUAGGCCCUAUCUUCAGAUUCAGAAUGCUUAGGAUCAGGGUAUAAAAGCAGGUGCAUUCUAUUUUUAUGAAUGUUUACUUGGAAGUACCAUAAUGUCUAGUGAGGCUUAUUCCUAGGGAAGAGUGCACAUGACACACCUUAAAGGAAGGACAUUUAUCUAUUCACAACACAAAACUAGUCCACAAAGUUUGAAACUGAAAACUCAGAAAAUGCAAUUGAACUACUUAUAUUACGUAGCAAAAUAAACAUGUAGGAAGAAUUUUUCAUGUGUGUGUAGCAUUUGGGACAAAGAAAGCCUGUAAAAAAGUGGCUUCAGGGAUGUAUUUUGUUUUAAGGCAGUUUGAAAUGGUUUUGCAUUGUUCUCUUCAAAGUUAGAGCUCUUAAAAUUGCACUACAAUGUUGAUAGUGGGAAAUAAAAGGAAAAUGUCCACUU